AUGCUGACCUACCCGUUGUAUCUGUGUUGCUUUGUGCUACUCGUUAGCACUUUCCAAGUAAAAGGUGGAGAAGAGCACAAGUUGAAGCUACGAAGCCUCCAGAAGAUCAAGGAAGAUAGUGAGGACUUUCAGAGCAGUGUGCAGCUCAGUGAACCCGAUGCUGAGGGUCAUGUGACUAUCAGCGGUGAUCUCAAACAACAUGUGACCCUGGACAACGAAUGGAAAGUUAACCUCACAGUUUAUCGCACGGACAGUCUUGAUGAAGAAUAUGUCAAGUUCAAGGAACUGCCUCUAAUGGGCACCUGCCAAUUGAUGUCCUCCUACUACAAGAACUUUUUCUAUGAGAAACUAAAAGAUUAUUCGAACGCUCCCCAUCCAGACAACUGUCCGUUGUCGCCGCAGGAUUACUAUCUCAAGGACUAUCCCUUAGAUUCAUCAAAGUUCAAGAAGUUUCUUACACCUGGCUACUAUCGGGUGACUAUCAAGAUGCUCAAGGAAAAUGAGGUUAAGCUGGAAUAUGUGGCAGACUUGCUAGAGGAGUAAAUUUUGCUCAAAUACAGCAUACAUUUAUUGUAAUUGAAUCAAUAAAUAGUUAAACUACUUGUAGUUUGACAUCUGCUUCAA